UUUGAGCGGGACGCGCUGCCCUCUCAGUGCUGCUGCAGAGGAGUGACAGCCAGCCACACCGGGACGCUCUCUAGGUACGGAUGAUUUCUUCUCCACUUUCAAGUAGCUCGUGGCAUGCAAGCAGACAACCAACACAUCAUCCUGACAGCCAUCUGAGGUUCAAGAAAUGCUCUUUUUCAUCUACCUUAACAAACUGAGGAAAAAACAAUGAAAUGAACUCUGCGAAAAAAAGAUAUAAUAUCUAAAAAAAUCUAUCUUGACUCAUCAUUUUAAUACAAUCCCACAAUCUUUACAAAUACCAAGCCUCAAUCAUGUCAAAGGACGAUGCUUGUAAAGUGACGUCUGCCAGCAAACACAAGGAGCGCAAGCCGAAGAAGCCUCACUACAUUCCCCGGCCAUGGGGCAAACCCUACAACUACAAAUGCUUCCAGUGCCCCUUCACCUGCAUGGAGAAGUCCCACCUGUACAACCAUAUGAAGUACAGCCUGUGCAAGAACUCCCUUUCUCUGCUAAUAGAGUCAGACUGGCCGUAUAAGAAGGGCAACAUCCUGCACCCAGAACAGCUACGACCCUUUCAGCAGGCACACGGACAUCACACUACCGGGAAAGAUGGGAUCGAACAGGUGACACGUACCGAGGAAGGUCAAAGGCAACGAAGGGCUGUGGAGGAGGAAGGUGAGGACAGGGAAAGCCAGGGACCUGAAGAUGAAGAAGAGGGAGGACGAGGAGAGGGAGUGGAGGUCACUGGGCUGACCAAAGAGAGCUCCAGUGAUCGCAGCAGAGGAGACGCUGCAGAGUGCACUACCAAGAAAAUUAAACAGCCGGAGUCCGAGCUUCUGAUGGCUGAUAUGCUCUCCCUGGAGGAUCAGCUUUUACGAGCACGCUCAGUGGAGGUAGAGGCCCAGCUGAAACACUACAAGCUAUCCAAGACGUAUCUAACAGCUCCUAGUCUGCUGUCGGAGCAGUGGCGGCUGUUAGCGUCCAGCCACACGAAGUCCAAAGCUGAAGGUGCUCAGCCCAGAGUGAGUAGUUCAAUCCCCUGUUACCCUCCGCCACCAAACCUGGUGGAUUACCAGGAUCCCACUGGACUCAACCUGUCAGUGCUCGGGGUGGGCUACCCCAUCAGCCCCAGCCUCUUCUCCUACAUGAACUCAGCUAUUCCCACUGCUGCCACGGGUGUCACAGCCCAGACCCAUGCGCAGCUCGCCCAGCUUCCCUUCCUAGCGUCAGCCGCUCAGCUGAUGCACCCAGCCUCCAGCACCCACGCAGAUAGAGCUCUUAUCCCCCCUCGCCUUUAUUACCCCUUCCUGUGUGAGCACACGUUCGGACCGGCCUCCAGUCAAAGCGAUGCCAGCAAAGCGCUCAAGACGUCCACAAACAGUCUAGAAGCAAAUCCCCUGUCUGGCUUCCAGCCGAAAGUUAAUCUGUGGAAAGUGCCUGCUUUGCGGCCGGGGACCGCCGCGGUCUCCCCUGCUGGGUGGGUGUCACCUCAGAGAGAGUCUCCCGAACAGGGCUACAGGUUGGGGGAUAAACUGCAGGCUCCAGCCAAGGAGGGCAAAGCAAGCUGGGGCCUCAAGAGGACAGGGGCCCCACUGGGGAGCCAUGAGUCACCCGUGGAAAAGAAGCCGGCCGUGGGUGGUUUCACUUUGGACCUCCUGAAGAAUAUCCAAACUGCAUCAACUCUUAAUAUGGCAGCAGACAAACUUCUCUUCCAUGGAAGUUUACAGGACGCUCAGCUUCCGACCCGGCCCACUGAACUGUGGUACAACGAUCCUCUCACCAGCCCCAACAGUGAAACAUCCUCUCUUUCGACCUGUGGGGGACCCAACAGCCAGGACCCGACUGCUGCUCGGACAAUAGGGGAGGGGGCCUCAGAGUCGGUGGCUGCUCUCCUCAGCGACCUCUCCAAGGCAUUGCAGGAGUAUCAAGAGGCUGAACGCAAAAUCUCCCACCUGGAGAAGGAGGACCUUCCUGCUCAGCGCCACCUCUGGGAACACCUGGGCAAAAUCCGCAGUGAGCUCUCCCAUAUCCACCAGGCACUGGAGCGGACGGCUCGCCAGAGCGACGGUCCUCUGGACCUGUCGGUCAAGAGGGACUCCACGGACUCCGUUGGCGAGCACAGCAUGAGGGAGGAUGGCAGCCUUAAAGACAACAUGACAGAGACAGAGGAGGAGGACGAGGAGCUGGAGGAGAAAAAGGAAGAAGAAGAGAAUGAGAGUGAGAGGAAGGCGAUGAAGGCGUCGUUGGAGAGUCGUAAGCAGUCGUUGGACAUGCUGAUCAAGAUGAGCCAAGCAUCGGUGGUGAACACAGAGGUUCUCUCACCCGGUGGUCUCAGCAUGAGGCCCAGUUCUGCUGAGGCCUUGUGGCAGAGCAGAACCACCAAGUGUGAGGCGGACUCCAGCGUCCUGCUUUGCCCCGACGGCCGAUCAGUGGUGUUCACCGACAUACCCUCCUCCGCCAAAACCCCAAAGAGAUCUCCUUCCAUCCAGCGACUAGAAGCCCAGUGUCCUCUGAGUCCUUUGACAGUUACUGAUAAUUAAACUUCGGACUGUAAUAAAAAACUUCGACUUCAAUUGCAGUUGUCUCCAUUAUUACUGGCAUGCCUUUGAUUUUCACUGGCUGGAAGAGGACUGUCAUUCAGUUUCACCUCACAAAAACCUCAAACAUCUUGCACCUUAUAAGACAAACAGGGAAUGAAUGAAUGAAUGAUAUUUGGGGGAAAAAAAAAAUCUUAAAAAUGCACUGCGGACAUUGAUUGUUAUAAUAAGAUUCUCCCGAAAAUAAAUUUAAAAUGUGACAUCAGCACUUAAUAAUUUCAGUCAUUAUCAUUUGAGCAGUUAGGGCCGUUAAAAUCAUGCUGAAAGACAAUCCUUUGAAUGGAUCUGUAAAUAUUGUAAUUACAAUAAAUGUAAGUAAAAUGUUUUAAAGGGUAAAUGGUUUUAUAUGGAUGAUGUCAUGUUGGACUGCAUCAUUUCACCUGAUGACAAUAAAGUGUAUUAUACACACUGUA